CCUAUCCCCAUCACGUUAUCACUGUCAUAUCUCCACCACCAUUCUUUCCAAAUAAAUAAACGCGCAAAAUUUGACUUCCACUCUUCUCUUUUGACUUUUUACAACACCAAGCAUUCAAUUUGUCCAAACUCCAAAAUCCAACUAAAACGCACUCUUCCUCCUUACCUGCUCAUGUCAUCCGUUGAAUAAUCUCACUACCAUGACAAUUCUCAAACCAUAACAUAAACCCCCCAAACAAAACAAAAACAAAAAAAAAAAAAAAACCGAAUUUCCGCCAUUUUCAUACCUUGAGAAAAUUCCAUGGCGGAAACUCCAACUCCCAGCAAUGGCGGCUUUCGUUGCUUCUUCGGCACAACCACCUGCUUCAACGCCGACGGCGACGAUUACCCAUUUCCUUUACUUCCGCCACCACCACCACCAUCACCACCACCACAAUCUUCUCAGACUCACAUGGCCCCUUUCUUAAUCGCAACAAUCUGUAUUCUAGGUAUCUCUUUUCUUCUUCUUUCAACUUGUACCGUUAUCUUACGUCUCCGUUUCACUGGCAGAAGACGGGUUGUUUCGCCGGAGAUUCCAGAAGGUUCUCCGAUGAACGAUGAAGAUUCAGUUUUUGUAGACCAUCCAAUUUGGCAUAUCACAACAGUUGGGCUUCAUCAGUCGGUAAUUGAUUCGAUUACUGCUUUUAAGUACAAGAAGAUUGAUGGCUUUUUCUUUGAUGGUAGUGAUUCAUCUUGUUCUGUUUGUUUGACUGAGUUUGAGGAAGGGGAUGAUUUGAGAUUAUUGCCUAAGUGUAGUCAUGCUUUUCAUAUUCCUUGUAUUGAUACUUGGUUGAGGUCUCAUAAGAAUUGCCCUCUUUGUCGUGCUCCUGUUGUUAAUGAGACAACUCAGGGUGGGAAUUCGGGGUUCGGUGUGCCGAAUUCGAGUGAUUCAGGUUUGAGGGAGGAUGUAGGAAGAGUGAAUGACAAUGGAGGGUUAAGCUCAGGGGGAGGCGAGGAGGGUAGUAGUCAUCAGUUAAGAGAAAGGAGGGAUGUUCUAGGGGAAUUGCCUGUGAUGGAAGGUAUAAGGAUAGCUGAGGUUUUGAAGAAGAAUCGCGAGCUUCGAAUACUUAGUGACUUGGGUGAAAAUCAUCGGUUUUCGAGGGUGGAAGAUGGUGUUGAGACGGUUAGAAGGUCGAAUUCGCUUAAUGCUAUAGCUGGUUCAGCAAUGUGUGGGGCUUUGGUGGUUAAUGAAGGGUAUUCUAGAGAUGGGAUUUUCGUUGAAGGGUGUUUUUGUGGUGGCAAUUCUGGGGUUGCUCUGCAGGAGCAGAAGAUUGAUGUAGGGAAAGGAGGUAAUAAGAGGGGAUCAAGCAUGUCAGGUUUAUUGAUGAAGAGUUCUUCCAUUGGUCGUUCGUUGCAGAAGGGUCCUAUUUCUAUGAAGAGAUCCUUGUCUUCAGGUAGCAGGUUCUUUUCAUUUCGCAGGACCAAAAGCCAGGCUUCGGUUCUUCCCUUGUGAAUAGAGAGACCAUGGAUUGAUUUUCUUGCUGAUAAUAAGGUAUGAUCGCCAUGUUCCAGUAUUAUACGGCCGUACAGUGGUGAAUGGUGCUAUGUACUGAAUGACCUUGAAUACAAAUUCGGUCGAAUACCUACUGCCAAAGGCUGUUCUAGUGUGUUGGACCAUAUACAGGUAAUGAGGACAUAGGGCACAGAUAAGGAAUCUAAUAUAUAUGUACAUAUGAUACUUUUGUAUGUCAAUGUGUGUGCUGUACUCAAAUUGAAGCCGCGCAUCUAUAUGCAGUAGAGCAGUUCGCAAUUUUGCUCUCUUUAAGUAAUAAGAAAUUUCUUGGCAUCAAGGAUUUGAACUUAUGUGUUUUUAUAGCUGCUGAAGCUCAGCUUUUACUUGAACAAAUUUCAGUAUAUGCGAAGUAUUUUGUAGUGAGUCUUCUUUUAGGCUUGUAGCUUCAAGGAUCUGGACUUGUAUGUUGUUAUAUUUGCUCAACCUCAGCUUUUACUUGAACAUAUUUCAGUA